AAGAAGAAAAAGAAAAAAAAAGGAGGAGGAGGAGGACCCAGCUUUAAAAGGAUACCAGGUAAAUAAUGUUGGGAUAACAAGCUAUACCUUUAGCCAGGGGCGUCUACAGAUAGAGGCGUCCUUGCCCGGGGGCGUAGAGACAAACAGCACAUUGAUGGAAAAAGGGGAAAGGG